UAUUUUCCUCCUUCGGACAUUCCGUCAGCCUUUUCUUUCUGGACGCCAUUUUUCUUUGCAGCUUUUAGGUAGGAAAUCUUGUUAUUUGUUUGUAACUGUAGAUAACCGCCACAAUGUCUGACGACGAACAGCAAGCAACGGAGUCCGAGGCCCCAGUAGAACAGGAAGCACCAGCAGAGCAGGAGGAAGCCCCCUCGGCCCCAGCACCAGCGGCACCAGCGACUGAGGAAAUUAAACCGUCUGCAGCCAAACAUGAUGAAGAUGAAGGGAGGAGGAGAAUGGAGGAAGCCAAGAAGGCACGAGCAGAGAAGCAGGCACAAGAAAUGGCAGAGUAUGAAGAGAUGCGUAAAGAGGAGAGAGAAAGGGAACAGGCUGACAUCCAGGCUUUGAGAGAGAGGCGGGCUCAGCGCCUGAAGGAACGUGAAGAAGAAGAGAAGCGCACUGCUGAGCUCCGGGCACAGGAAGAUGCUAGGAGGAGGGCAGAAGAGGAAGAGAGGAGGAAGAAGAAGGCUGAGGAGGAGAGGGAGAGGAAAGAAGAGAGAGAGAGGAAAAGGCAGGCGGCUGAGGAGAGACUUAAGCCCAAAAAACCCAACUAUGUCAUCACAAAGAAAGGAGAUGGAUCAGUCAGCCAGGCCCCGAAGGAGAUGUCAAUGGGCCGUGAGAUCUACCAAAAGUCUAAGGAGCAGCUUGAGGAGGAGAAGAGAGCCAUCUUAGCCCAGAGAAUCCCUGUCCUGCAAGUUGAGGGGCUCGACAGCAACCGCCUCACAGAGAAGGCCAAGGAACUUCACGCCCUCAUCCGCAAAUUAGAGGGAGACAAAUAUGAUCUGGAACAGCAGUUUAAACGCCAACAGUAUGAUAUGAUUGAAUUACAAGAGCGAGCUAGGCAGAUGAACAAAGGCAAAAAGGGAGUGUCCAGUGUACAGGUGGACGAGUCUUUCGAUCGCUUGGCUGAUAAGCACACAGGUGCCCCGCCCAAGAUUGCGCUAUGCAGCAAGUAUGAGCGUCAUACAGACCACAGGACUUAUGUGGAGAGGAAGGACCUGUUUGAAGAGUUGGCAAAGGAACCUCCACCGGUUGAAAUCCAGCAUGUGGAUGUUCCCUGGGGCCAGUCGGCUGGAGAGGCGACUGAGGCUGCCGAGUAAGACCAGUCCAAGCUGCGUGGACUCAGAGGCAACAGAUAUCAUGAGGGAGAGGUAGUCAUCAGCUUUCUCGACCAUGCCAACUGCCUUUCUCCAUUAAGGACUCUCAGGAGUUACUUUUGUUUCCUUUUUUUCGUCCUUUGUGAAUAUAAACCACAUUAUUUAUUAUACCUCCAAGUUGACGGUCACACAAUAAGGGAAUAACUAGUCAUGCCUUACCCCUGACCCCUAACCUCCGCACCUUAGACUGUCAUUUCGGGAAGUGUAACGGACAUGUGCAAUAUCUGUAGUAAAGCAGAGAAGACAUCCAAGACGGAUUUUGUUUUUUCACAUCUGCGUUGCGUCAAGUCAGGACUAAGUUAAUAUAUAUGUCUUAUUGUAUUUAUGGUCUGUACUGGACUAGUGUAUAUACGACGGCCGGAAUUACACUACCUAAACUAUGUAGAUAAUUUCAGGCAUAUACCGCUAUAUAUAUGGUGCUGUUGUGAUAAAGGAUGAAAUGCAAUUCAUAAUAUGACAGAAGGAUUUCUCUUUAUAAAACGUAUUUCAUAAUUGGUUUGAUGUGUGUUCUAGUGUGUAUUCCUGGUUGCCUCCAACUGCAGACAGUGUAAGUAACAACCGCUGGAUGAGCCUCAAUAAAGCUUUUCUCUCAACUUCUCAAA